UCAUAAGAUUUUGAAUUUUGGCUAUGUCCCGUUUGGAUUUCCCGUGACUUCGAGUUUGAUGAUGACCAACCAUUCACCUGUUGCAAUCCACUACAGAUUUGAAGUUGAGGAUGGAAUAGAGCCUGCUAUGCUCUGCUGGGAUUAUGCCCACCAAAAUGUGUUGCAAUUUAUCGGCAAACCAUGUUUUAACAUAGACCCAAAAGAAAUAACUGUCAAGGAGGAACAGGGUACUUUGGCUCCAAAUGCAUCCACAGAAGUUUAUGUUACUGUAUUAGCAAAUGUUUCAAGGAUUUGUGUUAAACCUUUGAAAGUAUUCCUUUGGGAUGAAGAGUACCCUGAUAUGGAAAUUAAAAUCCGAUACAUAGCAGAACCACCGAAGAUCGUUUUCAGGCCAAAAGAAAUACACCACAGAUUUGCAUUUAUUGACUAUCCAAAAACGUUCACAGUCAGCUUAGAAAAUCAGUCAGAAACGUCAUCAUUUUUUGUUAUUAUUCCACAACAAGCAAAUCAAGAUGAUCCACUUAUUUACCAUACAAAUGUGGUCAAUGGUAUAUUAAAACCUCACCAUUGUUCCGAUGUCCAAAUAACUGUUAUACCCACCAAAUUGGGUCGUUUUGAAAAAGAUGUAAUGAUUUUAAUAUUUGGAUUGGAUGCACCAAUCACAUUAUGCAAAUUAUGCAUAUCCAGCAUUGGCCCAUGUGUUGCAGUUCAACCCUGCAUGGUCCAUUGGGAGCCAAUUGAUUUAUUAACAGAUUCGACAAAGACAGUGACAUUGACAAACAUUUCCCCAAUACCAGCAAAUUGGAAAGUAGAAAUGUUAACAAUAAACAGGAAAAAAUGCGCUAAAAUCCCUUGGAGAACAUCAGUCACAUCAGGCGUAUUAAUGCCAGAAGAGACAAUGACAUUGGACGUCACCGCUCACAUGGUCGAUGCCGGAUCGUUUAGGGCAAUUAUGGCAUUUGAAAUUGAAUAUGGAAAGACAUGUGAAGUCUUUCUGUUCGGUGCUGGCAUAGGCUCAUCUGUCCUUUACACUCCUGAUAUCACUAAAAAUAUUCACUUUGGGAGCGUUUUCAGGUCUGAAUUAUUUAUGUUUUCCGUUUUGGUUGAGAAUAAAGGCACACGGCGUCAUCACUUGGUAUGGGCAGCUCAGGUUGAAGGGGGAUUUCUCAGAGGAAUAAGAAAUACACUGGCUGAUGGACCUAGCAUAAGAAUUAAUCCCUUCCGUAUGGCAUUGCAAGGAGGAGAGACAAAAAGUCUUGACGUAGAGAUGUACAGUAACACCCCUGGUUAUUACGAAGUUGAUUAUGUUUUGUAUGCCAUUAUUGGUGGCAAGGGGAAAAGGAUGAAACUAAGCAAAACUAGACUGAGUGUAAAUUUCAUUGAGCCGAUAAUCACUAUUGAUCCCGAUAGAUAUCAUUUUUUUAUGACAAUUAUACCACCUAAUCAACCACCAAACAAACCUCUUACUGCUACAUUUGUUAUCACAUCCGAAAUGGUUUUCCCAAAUUCUGAAGUUCAAGUGAGUGUUCCAAGGCCGUUUUAUCUUCUAGGCGACAAAAAGAGUUUAAAGCAUAAAAUGUCAUAUUACAAAAAAGGCUUAGAAGAUGUAAAAUUCACUGUAGUGUAUAAUGCCUUUUUGCCAGAUCGGCAUAACAAAGUUAUCAAAAGAAAUGUUAUUGUCACGAUUGAUAAUAAAUACAAGACAAAAGUACCUUUAAUAGGUGAAAUCAUGUAUCCAAAUGUUAAUCUAAGCACAUUCAAUAUUGACUUUGGAAUAUGUCAGCCUUGUAUGGAUAAUGUUAAAUUAUUUACUAUUUGUAAUAAGACUUGUUUUGCGAUCCGUUUUGAAUGGAAAAUACUACCAGAAACAUUUGAAUGGCAUAGUGACGAUGAACAAAUGGUCACAAUAAAACGACCUUUUCGCCACGUAGCAGCUUGGCAUAAGACGCCUUGCAAUUUCUUUGAAAACCUUUUUGGAAGUCUUGUGAGGUUUAAUGAUGAUUUACCAGAUGAUGAUUAUGAAGAUGACAGUUAUCGUAAACGAUCAUCCAGACCAUUUAGUGGAGCUACUUUAACCUAUCUAGUCGAUAUAAUAACUGCACUUAUCAAUGAGUCCGAAACAAAUCCAGAUGCCAUACAACUUCGGGUCCAUAGAAAAGUUAUGAAAAUGAUGCAUUUUCUUUCAUAUCAUAAAGGAUUAAUUGCUAAUGCGUCAGCGCCGUUUGACCCGAUUAGAGUCCCAGAACAUGUCCGAAAAGGAGGUAUUAUAAAAGCAGCCAUGAAAAAUGUUCCUUCAAAUAAAAAACUCUCACAAUUUUCCGCACCAAAAAAACAACCAACCCACCAAACGGUUGUAAAACCAGUGGAGAAUUUUAAAGAUGAAGAAGAAGUGGAUGCAAAUGAACAGAUAUUAAAUGUGGAUGAUCACAAUUGUUUUGCAAUAACUGAAAUUCUUUGUCCAGUACUUGCUAAGUACAUCAAUCAAGGGAUUGAAUUGCAUAACAGAAAAAUAAUGCUGCAACUACCAUAUUAUAAAAAAGACAUGGCUUGGGAGUUAGAUUUGACACCUAGUUUUGGUACUUUGCCAGCUAUGACUUGCUUGCCAAUAUCGGCGUUUUUUAAGCCUGACGAAUUUGGGUUUGCAAAAGGAAAAGCUGUCAUUGAAGUAAAAGGAGGCCCUUCUGAAUAUGUUUCACUUGUCGGCGCUUGUGGGAAAGUGCAGUAUGAAAUCACACCCCAUGAACUUGACUUCGGCAUAAGGAAAUUUUGCACAAUAUGGAGGGAAAAAAUUACGCUUCACAACCUUGGCUCUGGCACGUUUGAUUUUGAAGUCCUUAUGCCAGUAGGAGAUGCAUUAACAGAGGAAAUGAAACCAAGGACAUACACCGUCGUUCCAACAAAUGGAACUAUCGUAGGAAAAUCUAGUAUGGAUAUUGAAAUCACCCUUUACCCAGGAGUUUGUGGCCCAAUUGAAAAAUUUUUAACAUUUCAUAUUUCCUGCCUUUUGCCCUAUAACUUAAGGAUUUCUGGUUAUGCAACAAUGCCUCAAGUAGCAGUUCUAACCACAAAAGAUACAAGUAGUGCAGAAAUUCCAAUUGUUCUUUGUUAUAAAGGAAUUGGUGCUCUAUGUUGUGAAUAUUUUGAUAAAUCUUUGAUCAAAAAGCCUGAAAAGGUUGAGAAUGACAAAGAAGAAAAUGUGUGUCUUCUCAUGCCAAAAGAUCCAUUUAUUCCAGAAGUAUUUGAAGAAGAUUGGGUUUUCAUAACUGAUAAAGAUUUUGUGCCAAGUACUGAGGAAAUAUCAUUGGCAUGUGAAAGGGAACUUACUCAUAAUUAUAAUGAUAUUCUUCCUAACUACAUACAAAGCCAUGCUUUAUUUCAUGAUGACAAUACAACUAAUUUCUCUUUUUUCUACGUCCCUGGCUAUAAAAUAGAUUUUGGAGGAAUAUGCUUUGGAACAACAGUAGUUAAAACAAUACCGUUGCACAACCAAGGAGUGUUGCCUGUCAGCGUUCGCCUUAUUUUUCCUCUUGGAGUCCAUGAUUUACGCCAGACAGUGGGAUUAGAAAUAAAGACUACGAGAGAAUUCUGUAUACAACCUGGAGCGACAAAGAAAAUCCCCAUGAUAUUUUCACCUGGGACUAAGUAUCAAAAAAGAGUGGAAACUCCUUUUCAUUUUCAUUUCAAAAUGAAGAUACAAUGUGGUGUGGUUAUACCUAUAACAAUUAAAGCAGUUUUAACGAUACCGAAGUUGACUUUUAAAAAGAAAUUGAAUUUUGGAAUUAUAAAGUGCAGCCAGAAGAAAGUUAUAAAAUUUGUUCUGCGCAAUGAUACUGCAAGUGUUGUCGAAUGGUCCUGCAUUCAGAGGCCAGUAAAGCGGAAUCCUGCCAAAAGUUUUGAUCCAAAAUGGUUUACAGAUUUUAUGGAUUCUCCGUUUGAAGUUUUCCCCUAUUACGGAUUGAUACAGCCUGACUCUCUGCAGCUGAUAUCUAUCGAUUUCAUCCCUUUAUCUGAGGGUUCAUAUGAGCGAAUAUUUGAAUUUUAUUGUGUUCACAACCAAGGCAGUUAUCAAAAAUUGAGGGUCGUUGGGAAAGCUGUCGACCCAUUGCCAUUUGUCGAGUCUGAAGUCAUCGACUUUGGGAAUACAAUACCAUUUUUGGACGUCAGGGAAAAAUUCAUUAAAGCUGUCAACAACACCCCUUAUCCAAUGGAAGUGUAUUUUCCAGAUUAUGCUGAGCCAACAGAAGAGAAAAAAGUAUUCAAUGCUUUGAGUAGAUAUUACCAAGUACCCAGUCUGUUUAUUCCACUAGAAUGCUUCGACAGUUCUUUGAAUAGCAAAUUAACUGACAUUUAUUAUAACAAGUUGGGCGUGGCCGCUGUCAAUUUUUUUGAGAAUUUGAAAAACCAGCCAAAAAUACAAAGGAAAAUGUCUCAACAUUCAAAAACAAUAAUUAGGCCCAAGUCGAAUAAGGAUAUUAAAAAAAUUGCAAAACAGGAAAGCGAGAAAGAGAUUUUGAAAACUUUUAAAGAAGCUUCAGAUGCGCCAACUGUUGAUGAAGUUAUAAACCAAUAUUUAAAGUAUUUGGAAGAUCAUCCUUCAAUUCCAAGAGAGGAUUUGUUCUAUAUAAAAAAAGAAAAUAAUAAAGGAAAAGGAAAGUUAAUAUUGUUCAGUGGUGGACCUAGAACAGACUAUAAAUACUAUGCAAAAUUAUUUGCAACUCAGAACAAUUACAAGUAUAUGACACUUGAUGAUAUCAUUCUCGAACAAGCUACAGAUCAAAUAACCGAUGCUGCAAAAUAUGUCAGAACUGCUAUAAACAAGGUUUAUUGUUUGGAGAUACUGCGAAUAAGCCCGUAUCAUUAUGGAGACCCGGAGAAAAUGGAUUUACAAAAAGACAUUCACGAUUUACAACUGAACUUGACCGUUAAAUUUGAAGCUAUUAACAAGAAAAGAAAAGAAAAGAAAAUGCAAGAUGCAAUUGAUAAAAUGUUUUUAACAAUUUAUAGUGACAACCCUCCGCUGAGACAUCAUAGUAGCAUACGUUCUAUAGGCCAGAGAAAAUCGCAGAGCAAUAGAAAAAGCAUGACAAGAAAAAGUAUGGCUAGAAAGGAAUCAAAAAAGAGCAUAGCGAGGAAAAGUGUGUCAAGAAAAAGUGUAUCUAGAAAAAGUGUGUCUAGAAAAAGUGUAUCAAGGAAAAGUGUUGCUAAAAAAGGAAGCGUGGCCAAAAAAACAAGGGGCACAAGUGGGACAAUAAGCAAACCUAGUUGGAUUACUGAUACCAGAGUUUUUGAAGACUUAUCGCAUGAAAUAAUCAAAGAGCUUAUAUGUCCCAGACUUUGCAGUUUAAUGGUAGAGCAGGGUGUAGUGUUGGAUUUCAUGCAAAAUGAAAUAAUAAAAAAUCCUAUGGACAUUUUACGACUCAUUUGGAAAUGUUUUGAAAAUUCAAAUCAUGAUAUUUAUGCUGUAACGUUGCAUUCAAGUUUUGAUAAAUAUCUAAGAGAGCAGACUAUUAUAAAAAUUAAAGAAGAACAAUUUGUUUUUAAAAGAAAAAUGGAUUUUGUGAAUUUUAUUGAAAAAAUGGAUGGAAAAGAAUUUAUAAAUAACUUAGCACUGGAUGAGCAACAGGAAUUUUUCAAACUUGCACACAAAAGAACAUUGGAAGUUGAAGAAGCUUUGAUGAUAGAGAAAGAAACUACAAAACGACUCCAUUCUAUAAAAGCUGAAAAAAAGGCAAAAUAUUUGGCAACUGGGGAUAAACAGAAUAGACGCCAGUCAUCUAAAUCGAUAAGUAACGAUGAAAAAACUGCAGGAAAGGACUCUCAAUCUACAAAACGAAGACUUUCAAAACACCCAUCUGCUAGAAGAGCUUCAAUGAGCUCUCGUGGAUCAAAAUUAUUAUCUCGAAGUGCUAAAGAAAGAAAAGCAAAAGAAACUUCUACAAUAGACAAAAAAAUAAUUGAAAAAAUAAGGAAAGAAAUCAACGACACAAUUUUAGAAGAAAUGUACUGGAGAUAUGAAAGGGAUGCAAAAGAGAUGAUAGAAUUUCUUGAUAAAAUGGAUCCCCCUAGAAAGGAGGAAAGUGAAGAAAAUAUUAUUAAUGAAGGUGAACAUGGAGAUUCAGUAUCGAAAAAAGUCAAAUUCUUAAGAUCGAAAAAGUAUACUCAAGGAAUACCGCAUUAUAUAUUAUUUUCUCAUGGAGCAAUGGAACAAAUUAUCAUCGGUUUGUCCUCGCAUGAGGAAUUUCUUGUUCCCAGCAAAAUCCAAAAAGACUUAAUGUACGAUUUGAAUCCUCCAAAACCAUCAUUAUACUAUUGGUUGAUUGCUGAGGAUUUACGGAAGGAAACACGAGCUUUGUCUUUUGACAGGUAUGUAGAUAAAAACAAGGUCAACGCCGGCGUCCAAUAUGAAUCACAACCCAGCGAACAGACAGUUACCCUGGGAUCAAUUCAAGACAGAUUGCAUUCUUCCAUUAUAAGAACGAGGACAUACUCUGAAUCAUCAAUUAUGAAUCAUCUGGGCAAAGAACACUUUCCGAUUCCAAAGAUAAAAACGACUAAAACUGUUGAGAAACCUCUUUCAGCACCAUCAUCACGCAACAUCUCAAAAACCUCACUAAUGAAAAAAAGGAAGAAAAGUCACACGUUUCUUCCAAAAUGGGAAUAUGAUGAUUACGAAAUGGACAAAUUCUCUGGAAAUCCAUUUGAAGUAUAUGGUAUUACUUGUCCAAAACCGGAAGAGGCAAUGUAUCCUUUUACUCUACCUGGUGCGAGGGUCACUCUACAGCCAGGUGAAGAAGCUACGUGGCCUGUAAUCUUCACACCCAAAGGCUUCGACAGUUAUAAACUAUCUCUGGUUAUGAAGGUAGCCGGCUGGAACUAUUCGAACCAUGUUAUUAAAAUUAUCGGAAACUCAGAUAUACCAAACAUUGACAACAGCCCAUACACACUAUUCAGAGAAGUAAUUGAAGAAGAACCUAUUACAAACAGCCCAGUUUAUAUAUUGAACAAAGGGCAAUUUUAUUUUGGGCAUAUUUUACCAUCAAGCACUCAGAUAACCAAUAAAAGACUAUUUCAAGUUGAGGCCAUCUUCAAAAUAGUCAAUAUUUCUCAUGUAGACAUUGAAGAAAUACAUUUUAGCUUUUACAAACAGCCGGAAGAAAAUUUCUCGUUAGACCCUCCCACAUUGUCUAUCAAAUCAAGAUCAUUUGCGUAUUUAACAGUAAGGGCCCAUCCAUUGGAGUCAGUCGGCUUUAUUACUCAAAAUUUAAUCUAUUCUAUUAAAAACAAUCCAGAGCCAGGAGUAAUUCAGAUUUCAAUGACAGCUUGCAAGCCAACACUUGAGUUUAUACCUUGUCAAUUGCUCAAACGCCACGAGUUUCUCUACAGGACUGCUACAGAGCAGCUGAGGAUGAAAAAUGACAGCGGAGUCCCUUUAUGUUGGAUCCUCAAAAAUGCUCAACAACUGAGGAUGAAUGGGAUUGUAAUAUCAAAGACUACUGGCAUUGUUGGGCACAACGGUGUAGAUGAUAUUACUAUUUCUGUCUAUGCCGAUAAACCACAUGUGAUCAGGGAAGACAUGCAUUUUGAGCUGUACCAUGUACCAAAAGAGGGUGAACGCAUCGCUGAGGAAGUAAUACCUUUCGAACUGAAAAUUGAAGACAUCAUUAUUGACAUUAGCUACACGAAAUUAAAAGAUGGCACAGAAGAUUUGGACAUGAAUUAUCUAAACUUCGGAACUGUAAAAGUCAAUAGAGAGACUACUAGAUUCUUUUAUGUAUAUAAUCAAGGAAACUCAGACAUAUAUUUGAAGGUUUCAUUUCCUGUGAGAGAGAAACAACAGUUUUUUGACCCAUCUAUGAUUUUUUCAUUGAAGGACAAUCUCAUGAAGGUGAAAAGUGGUUCAAAACUAAAAAUUGAGGUUCUUGCAUGCAGUCAGAUUGCCCUGGAAUUGAAUAAGGAGCAUAUGUUCAGCUUGCAAGUAUUUGUUCUUAAGAAAGGCACAUUGAAUUCAAGAUCAAUACGUGAUCAUGUCGCUUCAAUACCAAUCCCAGUGUCGAUUAAAGUAUUAUAUUCAAUGUUUGUCAUACAGCCUUCGCAUGAAUUGAAUUUUGGUAUGAUGGAAGUCGAUGCUGUGAUGAAUUUGCCGAUUGUGUUAGAAAACACAGGGCCAUUUGAGUUUGUGUACGCUUUAGUGAAAGAACACUUUGUGAAAAGUGAUGUAGGACUGGUACAAAAGAAGUCUUCUGAUGCAUUUCGGACAAAAACCAAAGGGGAUGAUGUUGCUGGUGAAAAGUACAAAGUGAAUAAAAGUAUUGUAAGUGUUAUGAAACGGUUGAGUAGAAUGAUGAACAAAAAAGGGAAAAAGAGAGGAUCUGUUGACAGUGAAAAGCAUGUAGUAUCCUCUACUACGUUAAAAGAAAAGAGUUUUGUGGAUAGUUUAAAAAAAAGUCAAGAUUCAAUAAAAAGAAGUAAUAGUCAAGUUAAAAAAGGGAAGAAAAGUAUAAUUCAAGUGUAUGAGAAAAGCCAAAGUGUUUUGGCGGGUCACAACAAAAAACAUCAACAAUCAGUAGUAAGCAGAAGAAAAGGGAAUUCAGCAAUAUCACAUAAAGGAAGGAAAAGUACUGCUUUUGAUUCUAAAAAGAGGCUGUUUAAAAAACACAGUGAUGAAACUACUUCUACUAGAGGAAAAAAGAAAAUAUCCAUGUCUGCAAUCAGGAAAUCAAUGUUGGGGCGAUUUGCACCUAUAUUUUAUGUAUCUAAAUCAUCAGGGACGGUUCUUCCUGGAUCUUCGGUUGAGAUAAUUGUUACUUGUUCACCCCAGCAAGAACUUGUGUAUAAUGAAAACUAUUUACUUUUCAUAAGUGAAUCAGGACCAGAGUACAAAGCAGGAAUUCCAGUAAAUUUUGUAGUAGCAGGCUGUGUGCCAAAGGUAAAUUUUAACAUUGGAAAACUUCUACAAGGUCUUGACCAAAUUGAAUUUGAAGAUGAAGUCGACCUGAGCUCGGGUGACAGAGUUGAAGUGUAUAAUAAAAGGACAAACUCGAUAAUGUUCUUCAACACCAUCCUUGGUGGAAUGAGCGCAGUGUCCAUUUUUAUCAACAAUGAAAGCGCCAUAGCGUCUUGUGUGAAAUUUAAAAUUUUGGACGUAGGAAAAGACAGUUGUAAUCAAGCGAAAAGAUGUUUCUCAUUGACUGGCAACAGUCACAAAUACGUCGUGUACAUUCCAGCAUACAGCACAAGAACUGUACAUUUGAAAUUCAAGCCCAAGUGCCUUGACAAAUUGCGAAUAAAAUUAGAAAUAAAAACAAAAAUGCAGAAUAAUAGUAAAAACGUCUGUACUCGGUUAUACGCUGAAGGUAGAGCUGUCCUACCGUUGAUUCGGAUAAUUGAACCAAAGACUAUAGAAGAAGAUGAACUUGAUGAAACUGUAAAGACAAUAUUGAACUUUGGGAAUCGUAUUAUGGGAUUAAAACAUACAGAAACAAUUACUUUCCGCAAUGUUGGGCCUGUUGUAACAACUGUGCUAGUUGAUAUUUUAAAAGUUGACAAACAUAUGAGUUUACUUCCUUCACAAAAUGUCACUCAAAAAAUGGAUGCUUGUAUUUCUGAAAACAUAAAAUUUAAUCUUCGACCCAAAGAAGAUGCCAACCUGUCAGUUCAGUAUGCUCCUGAGGCCGCAGAAACUUCAGAAAUGAGGAUACUACUUCAUGUUUUGGAGAAUCCUUACGAACCCAAUGAAAUUAUCGUCAGGGGAUAUGGUUAUUCAAAUGAUAUAAGCAUAAAUGGACUUGAUUUCAUAAUAAAACCAGAAGACUUAGAAAUGAUAUUUGAGAAUACAGACUGGGCAACUCAUCUGUACAACAUUGCCUUGGGAAAUUGUAAUGCUAAUGACUUGAAGAUAAUAUCUUUUACACUAGUGAAUUUGUCAAAUAUUAUGUACUUGUUUGAGUGGUCUCACCUACCUAAUAGCAUUCUUCUUUUUCCAAGCUGUGGAUUUAUUUUGGCAAAUGGGCAAAAGAAAAUAUUUGCCGUUUUUAUACCGACUGAAUGUAUUACAAUUAUGGAAGUAAUACAAUGCAAAUUUGUCAAAAUUGAGAUGGAGAGCCCAAUCGUGGAUUGGAGCAAGGAGAAAGUGUUAGUGACAUUACUCACAGGAGGAGUGGUGACAAUUAAUCAGUUGAAAGAAUAUCUAGCCGCUGGCAAUGUUUACCAUGAAAUGCAACCUAAUUAUAGGACAAUCACUGAACCAUCAGGACGAAACAGCUUCAAAAUACCAUUUUUAGUAACAGGGACGUCAGAUUUGCCUGAAAUAUAUAUUUCAGAAACAGAAAUCAAGUUUGAUAUAUCGUAUCUCUUCCAGAAAAGAACGGCAAAAAUUUAUCUGCAAAAUCUAAAGGAGCACCCGGCUGAAUUUUCUUGGUCAAUUCGCUAUAAAAAAGUAGACCCCCCUGCAGAUUGGCGUACCAAAAAGGGCUUCCCGUUUGUCUCUAUUGGAACUCUGGGACCGAAUUUCUAUCCACCAGUCACUCUUUUGAAAAGGCAUGAAAUAAUGGAGAUAUUGCAGAAGCGGGAGACUUGUAAACUGGAGCUUGAGAACGAAUCGUCAUCUGUUGAAGACGAAGACCAAACAGUUAAAGGCAAUGAAUAUGAAAAACUGUUAAUCAAGGAUAAAUAUGAAAGCGCCAAAGGCCAACAUGACCUGGUUGCUGAGGUUGAAAGUGAAGAGCAACUGGAUAAAAACAAGAAGCAAAUGCUCAUACCAAUUUGUACACCGAAAGAUCAUCAUUCGUCCAACUUUGUAAUGAAAGGCGCCACUUCUGUGAGACACUACCUCAGACAGAAACACAAACAUAGGAUCAAUCGGCCUAAAAAUAUUACAAAUAGUGAAGAUCAAUAUUGUAAAUUAGACAAAACUGAGACUUCCUGGACGACAGUUCCUUCAACUACUGAAUUAAGGCGAGUGAGUUCAUUGCAAUCUUGGUUGAGCACUGAAGAAAUCGCCAAAAUUACAAACGCCUUUACAGUGACCCCUGAAGAAGGGACAGUCAAGGGUUUCAAAGAGUUGGAAUGUGAAGUGACAUUUGCUCCAAGGUGUAUCGACAACUUUUUAGCCAAGCUAAGCCUUCAAAUAAAAGGAAUUGAUGAAGAGCAACAUGUCUUUUUGAGAGGUAUCUCUCAAAUGUCUUAUUGCCAUAUUGAAGCAGAACAGUCGGAUUAUUUAAAAAGAAGGCCUCAAUACCAGAACCAAAUACAAUACGCUGAAGAUACCUCAGUUAUCGAAAUCAAAACUGUUGGAACUGGUCAGACAUUUAGAAAGAAACUAAAUAUUUUGAAUCCGACCAAAAUUGAAUAUUACUACCGAUGGCAGGAUGAAGGUGGCUGUGAAAUUAUACCUGGCAAGCCAGGAAGUGAGCCGAAGAGUGGUGAAUUUUUUGUCUGUACGACGCCAUUUGGUACAAUCAAACCAGGGAUGAGUGAGGAGAUGGAAUUCGUUUUUAAAACUAUAAAACCUCUAUUGUACGAAUCUUUAUGGAAAUUGUCAAUUCCUGAAUUGUUUUUGGAUCAUAACAUCCUUUUUGUAAUUAACGUCUCAAAUCCAAAUGUGACAUUUGAACCGAGUCGAUUUGAACUAGAGCCAUCAGUAUUAGGUUGUUCAACAAGGGGUGAGACUAUACUAAAAAAUCAUGAAGAUUAUGAAAUGAAUUAUCACUUCUGUCAAGAAUCAUUCUAUACACCUGAUGGCCUUCAAUCUAUCGAUGUUAGUCCUACAUCUGGUGUCCUUCCGCCCAAAAGUGAAACAAUCAUAAGUUUACAUUUUACACCGAAGAUAGUUCGUGAAACUUGGUUUACUGCCAAAUGUAAAAUUGAAAAGAUGUACGCGCCUCUAGAGUUCAAAGUUAAGACCCGUUGUUAUAAGACAGUUUGCAGCGUCGCUCAAAUGGUCAAUGGAAAGUCUUUUCCACUCGAUCACACGUCAACAAAUUUCAUAGACACCGGUCGGCUUACGCAAAUGAUUCCCUACCAUAUUUAUUUCAAACUGAAAAACUUUGGCAUACUGCCAUGGUACUACUCAUGGAAACUGCCAACUGACGUUUAUACACUGGGAAGUCUUCAUAUUACUUGCAGUUCGAUGACGGGAUUAUUGGUCCAAGGAGCAGAAAAAAAUGUCACUAUAACAGUGACAGUUAAGUCCAAAAGUAACUUUUCUAAAGUGCCAGUCGGACUAACUAUUACAAAAGGGCCAGAGUAUAAAAUCCAAUUAUCUGGCUCUUCUGUAAAACCGAGUUAUGAAUUUAGUUUCUACACUCAUGAUUUUGGGCCUUGCAUUGCUCACGAAAAAUUUGACUCAAAUUUUGAGAGUGUCAUUUUGGUUUUGAAAAACCUCGAUGAAGAAUGUUUAACAGUUGAACGGUACACAAAUUCUCCAGUAGAUUCUGCUUUUGAAUUCUGUUUAACAAGCAUACAAGUGCAUGGAAGAGCUAGUGCAAAUAUUCUCAUCAAGUUUACACCUUUUGAAAUUAGAAAUUACCAAACGACAAUGGUUUUGCUCAUGAAUGGAGUGUAUAGAGAAUAUAUUACUUUAUAUGGUGAAGGAACAAGUUUCGAGGUUUCUGUGGCCAACCGUAGAGACCGAAUAAUUGAUUUCGGAGGAGUGGAAAUUGGCAAAGUUGUGGAAAGAGAAGUUGAAAUAAUCAAUCUCGGUUUAUCCGCUGUCCAUUUCAAUAUAGCUGGGCCGGUUUCAGAAGUUUUCAGUUUCAGAACAAAAGUUGUGAAUUUUCAGUCAAUAACGCUUAAGCCAAAAGAAAAAUUGCAUGUUCUUGCAACAUUCUCUCCUAAGACAAGAGGCCUUUCUUAUUUUGAAAAGGUUAAUGCUUAUUGUCAAAGCAUAGUUAAGGAUCUUUUUAUAGUGAAAGGUGUUGGCAUUGGUUGGGACAUUGCUCUUGAUCGUGAACAAUUGCCAUUUGGUUUAGUCACAAUCGGAUGCAAUAUUGUUAAAAAAAUUGCACUUGUAAAUAAUGGUGACUUGGGGACAAGUUUUAAAUGGGAUUUUUCCACGGCUGGAGAAUAUUUUUCGAUUCAUCCAAGCGAAGGAUAUUCAAGUCCUGGGACAACUUUGAUCCUCGAAGUGGGCUUUUUCCCUAUAAAACUAAUGAAGACUUGCAGAAGAGAGGUGCAAUGCCAACUUGGAAAUGGGAGUAUAGUUAAACUGACCCUCUCAGGAACAAGCAUUGAACUUCCGUCUCCAAAAGGAACUAUAACUUUCAAGUCCAAUGUUAGAAAACCAGAAACUAAAUCCAUAACAGUCUGUUUCAACUCUUCAUAUGACACAAUAGUUUUAAAACCAGUAGUGAGUGGACUUUACUUUAACUGCCCAGAAAAGUUGGAAAUUUUUCCAGAAAGUGAAUGUAAAAUUGACGUGACAUAUCACCCAAUCUUCAGUACAAAACUAGAACAAAAACAUUCCGGAUCACUAUUUCUGUCAUUCCCAGAUGGAAAUGUAAUUAUGUACAAUUUAAUUGGAACAACUGAUCCCCCAUUAGCCGAGGCGACGUUAAACUGGAAUUGUUUGGCAAAAAAAUCAUUUGUUGGUUGUAUAAAUGUGAAAAACUGGCUUCAAGAACCGCAAAAGAUGAGGGUGAUUAUCAGUAAAAAAGAUAAGGACCAAGAAGUUACUGCAUGUAAAGUCGAAGGGCUUUCUCACAUAGACCUUCCAUCUGCAGGGACAAGGGAAUAUCAAAUUAAAUUUUUUAUUUAUAAAGAAGGCCAAAGCAAAUGGAGAGUGACUUUUACAAAUGAAGUGACACAAGAGUACAUGUACUUUAAAAUUAAUUUAAUGACAAAAGGCUUCGAUAAAAGCAAAGUGCUGGAAUUUAUCACAGAUGUGAGAAAACCAAUAUUCAAGUCGGUUCCCUUUGCAAAUCCACUUGAUAGGGAAGUCUUGAUCACUUUAAAAUCACCAAUUAAGUGUCUUCAAGCCAAUCCACUAUUUCUAGGGCCUAACAGCGAAGGAUUUAUGCAAGUUGAGUUUUCGCCUUUAUUUAAAAUGGAAGGAGAUCUAUUGAAGAUAGAAUUCAACAGCCCAGAAUUAGGCAAGUUUCCUUUCUUGGUCCUUCUGACUGCCAAUGGGCCGUUGCCGGAGCCAACGACUUAUUUAACAGGGGCUAUCGGCGAGGUGAUACCGUUCGUCCUCAGGCCAAAGCUGAUGAACAAAAUGGCCUGCAGCUUCAAUGCAUAUUGCAAUGAUGAGUACAUUAAAGUACCAAAUGGUACAGUAAAGAAAGAUGACACAACAGAUAGUGUGGAUAUAAAGCUAUGUUUUGAACCCAUGGAUGUUGGGAAGUUUAGCACGCAAGUUGAGCUCGUUUCACACGACGCUGGAAGAUACUGGUAUCCAAUAGUUGUGAACUGUUUGCCUCCUAGGCCACUAGGGCCUUUUAUCAUAAAGACAAAACAUCAUAAAACAAUACACUUUAAGAAUCCGUUUUUGAAAACAGUAGAAUUUUUUUGCUCACCGUCCAGUUCUAAGUUUGAAAUUCAGCCGGAAUGUUUUGAACUCGAAGCAGGCCAGGAAAUCGAAUUGAAAGUUGAGUUCAACGACAAGGAAGUAGGCCAGGGGAAAAAGAAGGUCCCGUUGGCAGCUAAGCUCACGAUCUUCCCUGACAACACGCACUACAACCACAUAUAUUGGACGUUUUACCUGAAGGGGAUCUACACUGCACCGCAAUAAAGAAGGUAGAUCCCAUUCGAACGAGUAAUCCAUGUGUGAUCCAUGGUGCUUUUUCCAAAGCGCACACAAGUUUCACACGUCCACGACAGAAAGUCUUUCAUGUAGGGGCGCUCACACACAUUCUUUUAUACAUCAACUUCAAAAUUCCCUGGUAUAUAAUGCACAGAAAUAAAGUGAAAUUGACACUAAC